GCACCGAAGCAUUCAGCAUUUCUGCUGAGUGAAACGUCUAAUGGUGAGAAAAUAAAUAACAACUCCAAUUGUUUGGCUUUGCUUGGUGACGCGUUUGGAUUCCUCUGUAAUUUUAUAAUAUUUCGACUUAAAAUGGAUACAAAUAUACCCGUUCGAAUGGAAACAACUAUGGAAUGUUCCACACCGACGAGUGCAUCCGAUUUGGCGAAUGAUCAAAAGCGACGCAGCUCUUCCAGAUCAAUCAAACGGAAGCGUUUUGAUGAUGAAAUAGUCGAGUUUAGCAUGAGCAGCACACCGAUCCAGCAGAUAAAAAACGUCGGUGGUAGAUCCCGCACACUCUCCCAGUCGAUGGCACCACUGGGAACCGUGCUUGGGCAGGGCCAGGUUGGUUCACCCGGACCUAGUACUACUGGGCCGACCAGUUCACCAACAACAACAACUACCGUUGAACCAAUGCAAGUGACUCCAUCUAUUUCGCAAACACCUCUUCCGGCCCCGGUAGCGGUACCGGUAGUUCCAGCACCGCCAACACCCACCAUAACUUUGCCACCCCCGCAGACUCCCAAUCCGGCCACCAGCAUCCUGCAACAGCUAAAUUCGAAUGCAUCGGUUAACGAUAAGAAGCGCGCCUUGAAGAAUAACAAAAAAACCAAAAAGAAAAGCGCCUCUCAGCAGGUCGCUGCCAAAGAUCUUGGACGCUGGAAACCGAUGGAUGAUCUGGCCCUGAUUACGGGUAUCUUGCAGACGAACGAUUUGCGCACGGUACACCGGGGCACCAAGUUUUCGUGCAAGUUCACCAUCCAGGAGAUGCAGAUCCGCUGGUGUUCGCUGCUGUACGACGAAUCCAUCUCACGGAUUGCGGUGUCGGCCAUGCGCAACAUGCAUCCGGAGCUGGUAGAGAGUGUGCAGAGCAAGGCACUGUUUUCUGUGGCCGAGGAAGAGUUGCUCGGCACGAUCAAAUCCAGCGAGCAGCCAACGCUCGAAACGUUCCAGGAGCUGCUGAACAAGAAUUCGUCCGUAUUUUACCAUUCGCGUACCGCCAAGAACCUGCUCAACCACUGGCAGUUGAUGAAGCAAUACUCGCUGCUACCGGACCAGCCGGUUCAAUCGCUACCGAAGAACGACCACAUCUUAAGCUUCUCCGAUGCGGAAGAUCUCAUGAACGAUGCGGAACUGGGCGAACCGCGUGACGAAGCGCUCGAGACGGAACUCGCAUUGGCCGAUCGGAAAAGUAAGAAGGAAAUACGGCACCUGGAGAAUGAGCUGAACCGAUGGAGCGUUCUGGUGGAUUCAUUGACCGGGAUUGGCUUUUCGCCCGAUUUCGACAACCAAACGCUUGCAGCUAUUCGGGGUCGUAUGGUACGGUUUUUGAUGCGCUCACAAGAAAUCGUUCUCGGGCGCUCGACCAAGGACAGUACGGUGGAUGUUGAUUUGUCGCUGGAAGGACCCGCUUGCAAAGUAUCACGCAAGCAAGGAUCGAUUAAGCUUCGAAGCAAUGGAGAUUUCUUCAUCACAAACGAAGGCAAACGGCCGCUGUACAUCGAUGGACGGCCGCUGCUCUGUGGACAUAAGACGCGCCUAAAUGACAACUGUGUCAUUGAGAUUUCGAAUCUGCGCUUUGUUUUUCUGAUCAAUCACGACUUUAUCAACGCUGUACGGCAGGAGAGUGCCAAGAUGAACAUUCCGCUCAACUGAGCACGGAUUGUUGUGUAUAUGAGUGGGAAAUCGAUUUAAUCUUCUUUUACUUUGAAGCAUUUGCUGUAAUGGCUUCGCACUGUUGCGAGUAAUAUGCGCCAAUAAAUGCUAUGAAAUGGAAUUCACCAA